AUGCUGGAGACCGACGGCGAGGACGAGGCGCGAUUGGCUAUUGUGGAGACCGACGACACGCGAUUCUGGAGACUGGCGGAGAAGCUGCAGCCGGCGACGAAGCCCCCUGCUGGAGGCGGUCUACUGUUGGAGACGGCUGGAACGGUCGACUGUUGGAGAGAAGGGAGAGAGGUGACGAAGGAGAGAGGCGGUCGACUGUGGGAGGGCUGCUGCUCAGCUGAUCGAAGAACCCAUUAG